AGCCGCUCCCGCACCCUCCUCCUCACCGCCAUAUUCUUCAUCCCCUUGACAUCGUACCUGUGGCUGCGGCGGCUGGAGUCCAACUCGCGUGAACGGACGAGACUUUUGGAAGAGGAAGGACGUAGGAGUUGGAUCCAGGCCGAGAAGGAAAAGCAGCGGUAUAUUGCGAUGAGGAAGGACCGCGAUCUCAGCGUCGCUGUGGGACGGAGUGGC